AGAGGCGUGAAAGCCGUCCGUGCUGACUUCCAUUAUUUUUACAGCCACCGUCCCACCCCAUCUUCUCUUCUUCCCCUCUUCGGCUCUUCCCUUCCAUUUUUUUUUCCCUCUUCUCUUCCACCAAACCAAGCCUCGCGAGAGAAAUUUCUCCCAAAUUUCAGAUCAAAUCCUCGAAUCCUCCAACCCCUAGCGACCCCUCGGAGAAUUCUUCUCAGUAGCGUCGCGAUCCGGCUCGAUCCGGCAUGGAGCGCGUCUUCUCCGUGGAGGAGAUCCCCAACCCCUACUGGGCCCCGCCGCACCCUCAAUCAGCUGCCGCCGGCGCUGUUGCUGCACCAGGUGGAGGAGGAGGAGCUGUGGACGCGGCGGGCGCGAUGAACCGGUGCCCGUCGGAGUGGUAUUUCCAGAAGUUCCUGGAGGAGGCCGUGCUCGACAGCCCGGGGCCCGUCCCUGGCGUCGGUAGGGGCAGCGUUGUAGCUGGAGCUGAGGCGCCGGAGAGCAAGCCGCUGGGGCCCGCGGCUGCCUCGAGUUCGGUUGUUGACCCUGUGGAGUACAACGCGAUGCUCAAGCAGAAGCUGGAGAAGGACCUCGCUGCUGUCGCCAUGUGGAGGGCUUCUGGUGCAGCACCUCCAGAUCGUUCUGCAGUUGCUUCUUCCUUGCCAAGUGUUGAUGUUCCGCAUGCAGCUCCUCUUAAACCCAUCGGAGGUACUGAAAGUCUAGUUCAAAACAAGCUAGCUGGUGCUCCAGGUGUGGGAUCAGGUCCACAUGUAGUACAAACUGCCGAUAUCCCUAUUAAGCAAACCACUAGCUCUUCCUCACGAGAGCAGUCAGAUGAUGAUGACAUGGAAGGAGAUGCUGAGACUACUGGAAAUGCAAACCCUGUUCAACAAAGACUACAGAGAAGGAAGCAAUCCAACCGAGAAUCAGCCAGGCGUUCGAGAAGCAGAAAGGCAGCUCACUUGAAUGAACUGGAGGCACAGGUAGCACAGUUAAGAGUUGAAAACUCUUCGCUGUUAAGGCGACUUGCUGAUGUUAAUCAGAAGUUCAAUGAGGCUGCUGUUGACAAUAGGGUGCUAAAGGCAGAUGUUGAAACCUUGAGAGCAAAGGUGAAGAUGGCAGAGGACUCAGUGAAGCGGGUAACAGGCAUGAACGCGUUGUUCCCUGCCGUGUCUGAUAUGUCGUCCCUCAGCAUGCCAUUCAAUGGCUCCCCAACUGACUCCACCUCUGAUGCCGCUGUCCCCAUCCAAGAUGACCCAAACAGUUACUUCGCAAAUCCAAGUGAAAUCGGAGGCAACAAUGGUUACAUGCCAGAUAUAGCUUCCUCGGUUCAAGAGGACGACAAUUUUGUCAAUGGGGCUGCUGGCAAGAUGGGCAGAACAGCCUCGCUGCAGCGGGUGGCAAGCCUGGAGCACCUCCAGAAGAGGAUGUGUGGAGGGCCGGCUUCAUCCGGGUCGACCUCCUAGGUUUCUCCAUUGCAUAUGAAAAAGACCCUGAUGCCUAACGGCAAGAUGAUAAAUUAACAAUUUCACAUACUUUGUAGUGGACAUUGCUAAUCCGGCGAUGCGCAUUCGUUCGUUGUGGACUUAUGGGUCAAGUGCUAUUGACUUAUUUUGCAUUCUUCA